AUGGUUGCAUUGUGGGAAUGUCGUCUUAAGUGUAUGAUUCGGAUCACGCCAGUGAGUCGGGCUGCUUCGUUUAAGAGUGUUGUAUCCGAGAAGCGGUGGACGGCCAUCCAGCACUUUGACAUAAUUGAGAGGCUCUUAUCGGCCAGUGCACAGACGGGGGGAACGCGUGGGGAAGGCGACACCGAGGCCGAAAUCGUGUCUGCUUUUCGAAGCGAGAAGGAGCUGGCAGAAGGUCAGCUGGCAGAAGGUCAGCUGGCAGAAGGUCGACUAAUACCAGAGGACAUGGACCUGCUGUACGGUGUUCCUCAGCUGACGUUUGGCCUAAUGCCUGGGACUCUGCCGUCAACCUCAGAUGGCCGGAGGUUAGUUAUAUUGCUUUCCAUUUUGUGCUACCUAGCCAACUCUACUGAUAUGCAAACGUUACAGUGGGCUGCAGACUUGGUAGAGCAGUGGAUAAACGAGGAGACUCAGAGCCGGAAAAUAAAUGACAACGAUUCACAGGACAACGGUUCAGAGGACAAUGAUGUGGAGCAUAGCCUCGAUGGGGCCAGACUCUACCAGGCGAUUGAAUCCGUAGACGACGGGCGUGAUAGCCCAGAGGGAUCGGUUUGCGACGGUUCACUUAUCUACGCCCUGGCGAAUAGGUCAGAGGACCUCUCCCUGGUCCGAUAUUAUGUCGAAGCGAAGUUUGUCAAGACAGUUCUGGGUACGUCGCCUCCAGGGAACUUUCAGUUACUGCGAUCUCUCCCUGUUUCGGCACACAAUAGAACCUACUGGGUAACGUUGAUGGCUUCUGCAUACAUCCAAGGGCAUCAGCAUCUCCAUUUUUACGGCAAUAAUCGACUACGUGACGACUACGAAACUCUCCUACUCAAGUUUGCACAGCCCUCGACUAUAGAGGCUUACUUGAAGCUGUGGCUUUGUCUAUAUGACCGCCUAACGCGUGGGAAUUGCCAUUGCUCCAGUCUUGACAACGGGUCUUCUUCAACUCGCUCAGUCCGCUUGAUCGGGUCCGGCGAUCAUCUGUAUUCUCUAUUAUCAUCUCUAAGAGAUCUCGUCCACAGUUAUGCGCACGGGUUCUCUGGACCUGCAACAUUUACGUUGGAAUCGACAGACGCGCUACAAGGCCCUACUACCCCGGAUGGCGUGUGCACUCCUUCGUCGGCAGGCGAGGCUGUCACCAAUCAGGAUGUCACCAAUCAGGAUGUCACCAAUCAGGAUGUCGCCGCCUUCGGCCCCCUGACGUCGGACCCGGACGGCCACGACAAUACUCCCAAGCAUUCCCCCUCACCCAAGCGUUCCCCCUCACCCAAGCGUUCCCCCUCACCCAGGCGUUCUCUCUCGCCGAAACGUUCCGUUUCGAAGCGACGGUCGCAGGACGACCGGACAAGCGCUAGGGAUGGAGCGACGAACGCUGUGGCGCACGUGCGGUGCGAAGCUGACGGCGCCGGGCAGAAGGAGAUGAGCGACGACGAGUUCGUUGCGCUCAAGUCCGCUAUCUGUUUACACAACAUCUUCCGCUACUGUCUGCGACGCGACCUGGGCCUAGAAGGCCAGUUUACUCGUUCUCUGAUUUGUUUGCUGCACUCGAGAGAACUGCCCUCCUGGUUCAACGCCCAGGGCUUUGUCAUCUGGUGUGCAUGGGCGGGCGUGCACCUGGACAUCCCCUACAUUCUCCAGCAUCUCAAUAUACGUCAUCGAGAAUGUAGGCACAGACGCUGA